AUGUCUCGCAGAUACCAACCUAAUUUAUUGAUCACUGGUACUCCAGGUUGUGGGAAGUCUACAACUUGUGAGCUUUUACAGAGGAGACUAUCUGAUUAUACCUACUACAAUAUUUCUGACUUUGCUAAGGAACAUAACUGCUAUGAUGGUUUUGAUGAGGGACGUAAAUCGCAUAUUGUCGAUGAAGAUAAGUUGUUGGAUGAAUUAGAACCACUAUUACGUAAAGGCAAAUGUAUUGUUGAUUGGCACGUUAACGAUGUGUUUCCAGAAAGGUUGAUUGAUUUAGUUGUUGUGUUGAGAUGUGAUAACUCUGUAUUGUACGACAGAUUGAAAUCAAGAGGUUAUCAUGAUUCAAAGAUCGAUGAAAACAUGGAUGCCGAGAUCAUGGGAGUCGUUUUACAAGAUGCUCAAGAAUCUUACGCUCAGGAGAUUGUUGUUGAAUUGCAAAGUGAUACAACUGAACAAAUGGAUGAGAAUGUCGAUAAAAUUGUUGAUUGGGUAGAGUUAUGGAUCAAACAACACAAAAACGGUGUCACAAAUGAAUUGUCCAAAAAGGCCGCCUCGAGCGCUAACGAGAGUGCAAGUGAGAGUGAGCAAAAAGAAGAAGAAGAGGAGGAGGAGGAGGAGGAAGGGUCUGACGAUGGUAACUAG